ACUGCCACCCCCUCCCCCCAGGGGCCCCCAUCCCCACAAUUUUCCUUCGUCUCCCUCUUCCCAUCCCCUCCCCCAAUUUCUCACCCCGCACUCCAAUUUCCCAGCCUGCCGACCUCUCCACAUUUUCACCCCCACCUCCAAUUUUCCAUCCCGCCGCCCCUCCGCUCUUCACCCGUUUUCCUUCUUCUUUGUAAGUACAAAAUGAUUACCUCCACCCCGCCGCUUUAAACUCGUCGAUUUAAGCUCUGUGAAGAUCUUGGAUGUUGGUGCAAAAAUUAAUGAUGCACAUGGUUAGUAUCGACAGCGACGGCGUCCGCUUAGAGGCGGCAGACGGCAGUGUGGGGUUUAGGUAUCAGUUUCAGAGGGAGGCCGUGGGAAGCCGGUUGGAAAUUUUGGGGUGUGGGUUGUUUUUUUGAAUUUUUGAGAUUUAUAAAUUUUAAAUUUUAAAUUAUUGAUAAAUUCUAAAAUAAAAUAAUAGCAUGGGUAUUUUCAAUUUUGGUAAGGGUGUUUAUAAUUAAUAUGUUAUUAUUUUUGUGGUUAUAAUUAAUUUUUGUCUAAGUAAAAUGGCUAUUUUAAUAUUUACUGGUUUAUUUAUUAGCAAUAGCAGUCCAAAAAAGUGGAUGAGUAGAAGCCCCUCAACCUCAAUCAUAUCAGUGUAGAAGACUAGAAGAAGCAUCUCUCUCUGGGCCGCAUUAAACUUGGUGAGAGAGAGAAAGAAGUAGUGUCUGCUGAACUGAGAAAAUUAGGAACGGCAGGGAAUUUUGCUCAACUUUUUAUUCACUCCACCUUAUGCAAUCUACUUGCGUGAAAAUCUUGGUUCACGCAAACCGUGAAAAGCUGCUGUUUUUUGUGAGUAUUCAUAAUUCUUACCUAUAGUGGUGGCUACAAGAUUUUUGAGGUGCAGCUGAGGUGGUGAAAUGGGCGGAGAAGGUGGUGGCGCUUCCCGGAAAUUCAGGAAAGCCAGAUGCAGCGGAGCCCUUCCGGGAGGCAGGUUUUUCCGAUCGCCGGAGCCCUUCCGACAUGUUUCCGGCAAGCUUGGCGAAGAAGAAAAGAAUUAAAAAAAAUUAAAAUACUUAACGAAGUUAAACAAUCAUUAGUGCAGCCACACGUGGGCAGACGGUGUAAUUAAACCAAAUUUAGGGGUUUAGUUGAACUGUAUAGGAAGCCACACGAUACAUUUUUUUUUUAAUAAAUUAACAGUAUCAAAUAUAAAAAUUUAAAGUUCGUGUUACAGUGGACUCGAAUCUAAGAUCUUUGGCCUUAGCAUUAACGGGCCCUUACCGCUUGACCAGAGACGCACACUGUAUUUGAUACUUAACCCUUAAUUUAUUAAUGGUUGAAUAUUCCGUCCUUUGGCUGGCUUGAGUAUUUAAUGUGUUAAGGUCUCUUACAGCCUUGUCUUAAUAUAUUUAAGUCAACUAUCUUUGCCUUGUCUUAAUAUAUUUCUUUUGGAUUCUUAAUCUACUCUGCUUUCAGAUAUAUUAAUUCAUCUCUCAUAUUGUGUUUAAUUUGUAUUUCAUUAAUAUUAGCAUUGCUGCUUAUAUGUUGAUCUUGUGAUACAUUCAAUCUUGAUCCCAUUUGUGUUCUUGAUUUGGUUAAUUUGUUUAUAGUCUUGUAUUGAUAUGUUAAUUGCUUAUAGUGAUAGAGCUAAUUACAUUUCAAAUUUGAAAAAGAUCCCCCUUUUGUUAAGAUAGUUAGAAGGUGUUUGGCUAAGCUUAUAAGAUGCAAUUUCUUAAGAUUUUAUAAGUUGUCAAAGUGUUUGGAUAAUUGAGCUUAUAAGCUAGAAAGAGAAUAAGAGAAUUUUAGUUACAGAGAUAAAAUCGAAAAGAGAUGAAAUUAGAGUAAUAUAUAAUGAAAAUAAAAAAUCAUAGUUGAGUUAUUUUUGUAAAAUGAGUGUUGCUUAUAAAAAAAUGAGAAAAUAAGUUGGGGUAGAGGAACUUAUUUUUUGGGAAGCUUAUAAGCUCUUAGAGUUUAAUUUUACAGCUUAUAAGCUCCUACAAUAGCUUAUUUUGCCAAACAUUUUGAAGUUGCUUAUAAACUCAGCCAAACACCCUCUUAGUUGGAAAGUAUAGAGGGAAAAACCACCAACAUGGCUCACUUAAGUUACUCUGAUUCAAUGUCUGGGAGCUCGCAGCAUGGCCAAGGCAUGCAGUUUCUACCAUUUAAGACCUCGACAGGGUCACGUAGGGCGUUGUUGUUGCAUGGGGAUUUGGAUAUUUGGGUGAGAGAGGCUAAGAAUCUCCCAAAUAUGGAUUUGUUCCACAAGAACUUGAGUGAUAUGUUUAGGUGGUUGUUUGGGAAGUUCUUGAGUAAAGUGGAAGGCACGGCGCCUGUCAAGCUCACGAGUGAUCCUUAUGUUACCAUUGCUGUCUCCAAUGCCGUGAUAGGCAGGACCUUCGUGAUUAGUAACAGCGAGAACCCUGUUUGGAGCCAGCAUUUCCAUCUGCCAGUCGCGCAUUAUGGUGCGGAGGUGCACUUUGUGGUUAAGGAUAGUGAUGUUGUGGGGUCUGAGAUCAUUGGUGCUGUCGGGAUCCCUGUGGAGCAUGUGAUCUCUGGUGUGCUAAUUGAGGGUACUUUUCCGUUACUUGCUGCAAAUGGGAAGCAGUGCAAUCCGGGGGCUGUUCUGACCCUCUCAAUUCAGUAUAUACCAAUGGAGAGGGUGCCCCUCUAUCAUGGUGGGGUAGGUGGGGAUCUCUCGUAUAAAGGUGUGCCCGGUACCUAUUUUCCUCUCCGGAGAGGGGGGAAGGUCACUCUGUAUCAGGAUGCUCAUGCAGAUGAUGCGUCACUUCCUAAGCUGUGGUUGGCUAAUGGCAGGUUUUAUCAGCAUGGACAUUGCUGGCACGAUAUUUAUGAUGCAAUAUGUCAGGCUCGUCGUCUAAUUUACAUCACGGGAUGGUCUGUUCAUCACCUUGUUCAGCUUGUGAGGGAUGAUCCUAAUGUGAAGCACAGUGUUUUGGGUGAAGUUUUGAAAGCCAAGUCUCAAGAAGGCGUGCGUGUCUUGCUCUUGGUGUGGGAUGAUCCUACAUCCACAAGCAUAUUAGGGUAUAAAACUGAAGGUGUAAUGGGCACAAAUGAUGAAGAAACGCGCCGUUAUUUCAAGCAUUCAUCUGUUCAAGUGCUGCUGUGUCGUCGGAGUGCUGUGAAGGGUAGCUGGGCCAAAAAGCAGGAAACUGGAAAGAUCUAUUCACAUCAUCAAAAGAGUGUGAUAAUAGAUGCCGAUGCAGGUCAAAACAGGAGAAAGAUCGUAUCCUUUGUUGGCGGCCUUGAUCUUUGCAAGGGAAGAUAUGAUACCCAGAAGCACUCCAUUUUCAGCACUCUGCAAACUGUUCACAAAGAUGAUUUUCAUCAGCCUAAUUUCGCAGGGCCGAAUGCUGGUUGUCCAAGGCAGCCAUGGCAUGAUCUACACUGUAAAAUUGAUGGUCCAGCAGCAUAUGAUGUAUUAACCAACUUUGAAGAACGUUGGUCAAUGGCCUCAAAGCGCCACGGCCUUCAAAAAGUGAAAACUUCAUUUGAGGAUUGCUUACUCAAACUCGAAAGAAUCCCUGAUGUACUGGGGAUAGCUGAGGCUGCUGAGCAAGGUUUAAACGAUCCGGAGGGUUGGCAUGUUCAGGUUUUCCGUUCCAUCGAUUCAAACUCUGUUGAAGGCUUCCCCAAGGAUCCUAAGGAGGCUUCAACCAAGAAUCUGGUAUGUGGGAAGAAUGUGCUGAUAGAUAUGAGUAUACAUACUGCUUACGUGAAGGCAAUUCGUGCUGCGCAACAUUUCAUUUACAUUGAGAAUCAGUACUUCCUUGGAUCAUCAUACAAUUGGUCUAAUUACAAGGACUUGGGUGCAAACAACUUAAUUCCUAUGGAAAUCGCUCUCAAGGUCGCGAAUAAGAUCAGAGCACGGGAGAGGUUUGCCGUGUACAUUAUUGUUCCAAUGUGGCCGGAGGGCGUUCCUACAAGUGCUCUUUAUCAAAGUAUUCUCUUUUGGCAGUAUAACACAAUGCAAAUGAUGUAUGAAACCAUCUACAAAGCUUUACAAGAGGUGGGGAUGGAGAAUGAGUACGAGCCCCAGGACUACUUGAAUUUCUUUUGCCUUGGAAAUCGUGAGGCCGACGUCAGUGGAGGCAAGCCCGACACGAAGAGCUCCGGUGGAAAUACCCCACAAGAACUGACUCGGAAAAACAGGCGUUUCAUGAUCUACGUUCACUCAAAGGGGAUGAUAGUUGACGACGAGUUCGUGCUGAUGGGUUCUGCAAACAUCAACCAACGCUCUCUUGAAGGAACGAGGGAUACUGAAAUCGCCAUGGGCGCGUAUCAACCUCAGUAUACAUGGGCAAACAAACAUGCUAAUCCACAUGGAGAGAUAUACGGAUAUAGGACGUCGCUAUGGGCCGAGCACACAGGUACACUCGAGCAAUGCUUUGAGCAUCCAGAGAGUCUGGAAUGUGUGAGGCGCAUGAGAUGGAUGGGCGAGCUGAACUGGAAACAGUUUGCUGCUGCCGAAGUGAGUGAAAUGCACGGCCACCUGCUCAAGUAUCCGGUUGAGGUCGACAGAACGGGGAAGGUGAGGCCGCUUCCUGGCAGUGAAACAUUUCCAGACAUGGGUGGCAAGAUUAUAGGAACAUUCAGUGGCAUUCAAGAGAAUCUCACUAUUUGAUCAAAACUAAAUCUCAGAUUUUGCUAUUCUUGUCCUUCAAUUUUUUGAUGCUAGAUGCCUGGCUUUGGUAACUUGUUUCGAUCCAUAUAUCAUUACAGAAUGGUGGUUGGGAAACUAGAUUGAGUUGUUACCUUGCCUAUAGAAAGGAAUAAGAGGGUGGUCACUUUCAUUUGUUUUAUAUUUUGUCUUUGUAUUUUUCUUGGUUUUAAUAAAAAAUUUAUCUA